AUGGCAGCGACGAGCGCGCUGGCGAGCCCAGAGCUCUACACCCUCAUCCACCUCACCGCGGUGCAGCGGCACGCUGCCCUCCGGAAGAACGCCCUCUCCUGGACCGAGGCAGGCAGCGCGGAGGAGCGCGAGUGGCUCCACGCCGAGGAGGUGACCAACGGCGCCCAGCAGCCGUGGGUCAAGGAUCGUGCCGAGGGGUGGGGGUUUGAUGCUUGGGCUCUGGUGCGGCGGGACGAUGUAGCCGACCCGCACGACUUUUUGUCAUACGUGUCGACGUAUCGCCGGCCGGCGAUCUACCUCCCUCCCGGUGCGAGCAAGCCGAUCUCGACGAUCUCGUACGGCGUCGCGGGCGUCCACUGCCCCACAGAGCACCGUCGAAAGGGACACACGACGCACAUGAUGCGCUUGCUGCACUAUGUCCUCGCUGCGCCGGAACACCUGCCCCCCUUCCCGGCGAGUUGGGGCGCGGAGCCGGCGGUCAACGGGUUCCGGGACGCGCGGUUCAGCGUGCUCUACUCUGGGAUCGGGAAGGACUUUUACGAUCGCUGUCGGCAGGGCGAUGGAGCUGGUAGCCUGCCGGGCUGGGUCGCUGAACGGGAGCGGUACAUGCGCUUCUUUACUGUGGAGUAUGCCGACGGCGUCGAGACGGAGGAGCAUGACGAGGACGGGUGGGAGUGGCUUGAUCGCCAGCAGGUCAACGAUCUCGCGCCGCGUGUCGCCGAGUACAUGGCUACGAAGCUGGGUAGUGUCGGCAAGUCCGACCGCACGCGGCUUGCCAUCCUCCCCAGCCGCGGCCUGUUUGACAUCCACGCGCUGCGGUACACGCUGCAGCCGACAGCGAAGCCGUCUCCGUCGUUCGGCCUCCUCCUCCCCGCACCGGCGGGGAGCACGUCGCCCCUCGACCGCCCGUUCAUAACCUACACGUUCCACGAGCCCGAGCCCCCCGAGCUGCCGCGUGAGCGCCUGAUGCUAAACUACGUCCACCGGCCCGAGCUGGUGCCCUUCCGCGCGGUGGUGGCCGCUGCUCGCAGGCAAGGCGCGGGUGCCAUCGAGCUGUGGGGUGGCUGGUCGGCGUGGGAUGACGCGGGCAAGGACCUCGGCGCCCGCCUCGAGGACAGGCUCGAGGACGAGGGCGUCGCGUGCCUCGCGCAAUAUGGGUUUGGCGGCGACGACAAGGUCGAGUGGGAGUGGGCUGAACAGUGA